AUGGCGGCAGACAGUGACGACAAGCACGGCGCGGCUGAGAACGCAAUGCCGACCAUCGACGAAAAGGAAGCCCUGAAGAUCAAUCACAAGGCUAUGAGUGCAAAACCUUCUUCUGCACCCCUCGGACAGCCCGGAAGUGCGGAUCCGCUUCUUUCCAACAAGACCUCGGCAGCAACUCUGGCGCCGUCGGCUUCUCCCGAGGGGCAUGUCGUCUCUAACAGGUCUUCUGCCGCAACUCUAGUCGCCAGCGCACACAGGCUUGGGUCAUCCAAGCCCUCAGUAGCGACGCUCUCUCCAUCACGGCAGACGCAAGCGUCCAAGCAGGCUGGUGCCUCCUCUGGGGGUGAUCAGAGUGGCAAGUCCGUUCUGAACCUCGACCACAAAACCAGCCUCUAUCUGCUCAGGAGUUACGAUGCCUAUGAUGACCAUCAUUUUUGGCCAGGUCGAGUCUUUGGCUCAUUCACCGCUUACUACCAUGAGGCAAACACUGGCGAGACAACAGAGGACAUGUUCCGUCAAGAAAUCAUACAAUGCGUGCUCUACUUGGUGUACAUCUUUAUUGCCCGACUAGUGCUGAGCUACAUUGCUUUCUUCGGCUUUCGCAUGUCGAGUCUACGUAUAUCAGCAGCAAUAAGGCUUGAGUACAUGAGGUGUCUUUAUGAGCAGCCAGUGUCGGUCCUCGACCUGAUGCCGCCAGGCCAGACUGCGGCAAUCAUCACCAUCACAGCGAGCACCCUGCAGUUUGGCAUCUCUGAGAAGCUGUCGAGCUUCCUGCAAGCAGUUUCGCUCGUCACAAGUGCCCUGAUAAUAUCAUUGCUCUUCAAUUGGAGACUUGCCUUGGUCACAGGCAGCGGCCUUGUGCUGGUCAUUUCCGUAUACGGAGUCACAACUCCCGUCCUGGUAAGGAUCAUGAACCGCGUCCAGAAUGCUGAAAUCAAGGCUUCGACGGUCGCCAAUGAGAUCUUCAGCUCGAUCAGAAUGGUUUCCGCGUUUGGGGCGGAGAAGAAGAUGAUGAAGCGCUACGAAUCUUGGAUACAAGAAUCACGUCGUCGCGGAAUGCGGAUGCCACCCAUCGUUGCGUGUCAGCAAGCCCCAGUCUUCUUCUCUAUCUUUGCGACAUUUGCGUUGUGCUUCUGGUAUUCGCUAAAGAUGUACAUGGCGGGUCAGAUUGAUAGCCCACAGACACUCAUCAUUGUCUUGCUCUCGGUCAUGAUGAUGGCGUCAUCAAUUGGGGGCAUCACGACGCCCUUAUCUGCCGCAGCUCGAGCGGCCGGCGCGGCUGCCAUUUUCUUUGCCACUAUCGAUGCUCCGCGACCCGUCCCUGGGGGUCUAAAGGAUCCCGAUGUCUCUGCUGGUGAGGACAUAGUGUUCAGCCAUGUCAACUUUGCCUUUCCUGGAAGGCCCAAUGUGAGGAUCCUGGAUGACCUGAGUGUCCGCUUCCCCGCUGGCAAGACCACUGCUCUGGUCGGUCCAUCCGGAUCGGGCAAAAGCACAAUCGUUGCUCUCGUUGAGCGAUGGUACGAGAUGGACGGAGACGCGGCUCUAAAGCCAAGGGUUCUAUGGCUGAGAAAUGGCAAAAUCUGCGUCGGGAGCCACCUACUCAAACAGAUCGACAUCAAAUGGUGGCGAUCACAGAUCGGGCUCGUCCAGCAGGAGCCCGCGCUCUUCAACAACAGCAUAUAUCGCAAUGUGGAGUACGGUUUGGUAGGAACGCAAUGGGAGAACGCCUCGAUAGAGAUCAAGACAAAGAUGGUCAAGGAAGCAUGCCAAGAGGCCUUUGCCGAAGAGUUUAUUCUUCGCCUUCCCGACCGUUAUGAGACAGUGGUUGGCGAUGCAGGUAUCAAACUCAGUGGUGGCCAACGGCAGAGACUAGCAAUCGCCAGAGCCAUCGUGCGACAGCCAAAGAUUCUCAUUCUUGACGAGGCUACCAGCGCCAUUGAUGUGCGAGGCGAGCAGAUCGUGCAAGCGGCCCUGGACAAGGUAUCCGAGAACCGAACGACCAUUAUGAUUGCGCACCGGCUGUCGACCAUUCAGAAAGCAGACAACAUCAUUGUGAUGAGAAAAGGAAGAGUCGUCGAGCAGGGCACACACGCUGAUCUCAUGGCCCGUGAGGGAGGGGCCUAUCGGACGCUUGCAACUACGCAGCAGCUCGCAAUGUCCGAAGACGAUGACGAUGAUGAGGACAGAUCUAGUCUCUCGGAAAAGACCUCGGAAAAGAAGAGUAUCGAGCCGAGUUCGACGGAGAGAAGAGCGGAGCACCGGACCAGCGGCAGUACACAAAUGCCGGACGCGCCCAAGGAACGCGGGCUCUUCGGCAGCUUUGGCAUGCUUCUGAGGGAGCAGAAAGGCCAGAGCCCUUGGUAUUUCCUUCUCCUGAUUGGCGCAAUCGGGGGUGGAGCCAGUGCUCCUGUCCAGGCAUUCCUAUUCGCGAACCUCGUCUCGUUGUUUCAGCUCCUCGGCAAUUCGAGCUUUCUGCAGCCACUGUCUAAUUUCUGGUGCUUGAUGUUUGUAAUGCUUGCAGUCGGUGUUGGCAUCUGCUACUUCAUUCUCGGGUGGGCCGCAACCACAGUCUCGUUUAACAUCACGCAUCAUUACCGCAAGGAGUAUCUGCGGAGCAUCCUAUCGAAGGAAGUGUCGUUCUUCGACGAGGCAGAGCACUCCAUCGGGGCCAUGACGGCUCGGCUAGCCACAGAUCCGUCUCAACUGCAGCAGUUGCUAGGCAUGAAUAUGGCCUUUGUCGUCAUCUCCGUACUCAGCGUGAUCGGGUGCCUUACCAUUUCUUUCUACUUUGGCUGGAAGCUAACAUUGGUCACCGUAUGCACGACCAUGCCUAUCAUCUUGAGUGCCGCCUUCUUCCGCGUCCGGUACGAAAGACAAUUCGAGAAGAUGAACAACAAAGUCUUCGCCGAGAGUGCCAAGUUUGCCACUGAGUCGAUAGGGGCCUUUCGCACGGUGUCGUCGUUCACGCUCGAGGACGCUAUCUGUCGUCGUUACGAAUACCUGCUACAAACGCACAUACAGAAGUCCUUGGUCAAGUCGAGUCUGUCGACAUUGCUGUUCGCCCUCAGUGACAGUAUCUCUUUGCCAUGCAUGGCGUUCAUCCUAUGGUAUGGCCUACAAGUAGCAGGUAUGUACGGCGGUAAAUUGAUGGCCGAGCACGAGUACUGGCCGUUUCAAUAUGUUAUUGUAUACAUCGCUGUUCUGCAGGGAGGCAUUGGCGCUGGACAAUGGUUAAGUUUCGGUCCAAACAUCGCCAAGGCCACAGUCGCUGCCAAUAGAAUUAUAGCGCUGCGGAAGAACGACCACGCUGACGGUCGGCUGAUAUCGCUUGACAUUGGCGACAUAUGCGACGACGACAAGGGUGUCAAGGUUGAAUUUCGGGACGUCUGGUUUCGGUAUCCCACCCGAGAUGCGCCCGUGCUGAAUGGAUUGCAUAUGACGAUCGAAAAGGGGCAGUUCGCAGCCGUAGUGGGACCUUCCGACAACGGUGAUAUCCUUGUUAGAAAGGUAAGCAAGGACACGACCGGUUUCCGUUCUUUUGAAUGGCGCGUUAUUAACGGUACAAGGUUCUAUCGACCAUCGUCCGGACGCAUAUUGUACAAUGGCCUUGACAUCCUGGACCUCUGUCUAGACAACUACCGCAAGGAGAUAUCCCUCGUCGCGCAAGAGCCUAGCCUGUUUGAGGGUAGCAUCAAAGAAAAUGUGCUGAUGGGCGUCGAUGAGUCCACCACGGACGAAGCCGUCAUCCAGGCGUGCCGGGACGCAGGGAUCCACGACUUCAUCUCGUCACUCCCAGACGGCUACAACACCAGCGUUGGGAACCGCGGGAUCGCCUUGUCUGGUGGCCAGAAGCAGAGGAUAUCCAUUGCAAGGGCACUCAUACGCCACCCACGGCUGCUCCUCCUCGACGAAGCGACUUCCAACCUGGACUCUGAGACAGAGAAGGCCGUACAGGCCGUCUUUGAGCGCACGAGAAACGCCCGCACGAUGAUUGUGGUGGCGCACCGGCUGGCUACCAUCCAGAAUGCUGACAUCAUCUUUGUUCUUGGUGACGGACGGGUGAUAGAAAAGGGCGACCAUGCGUCACUGUUGAAGCGGAAGGGUGUCUACUAUCAAAUGUGCCUGUCACAAGCACUCGACAAGUAA